GCUCAAAUCCCCAAGUAUUUCUGUUUCAGGGGGCUGUCUGUCAUGUUGGAGUCGCUCUGAGAACAAGAGGCUGCAGACUCUCAGAGGAUAGAAACCCAGAGUCCAGUACACCUGCAGACCCCCGAGACGCAACCAUCCUGCAGGAGAUGGAUCCACUGUGGACCACCACGGUUCUGCUGGUGCCGUGUGUAGUCGUGCUAACAGCUGGCUUUUUCUACCUGUACGGCGCAGUUAUCGGCCUGCUGUCCAAAACAUCAGUGCGCAAUAAGGUGGUGGUCAUCUCUGAUUCUUUGUCUGGGCUUGGAAAAGAAUGUGCUAGUGUUUUUCAUAGUGGGGGAGCCAGGCUGAUCCUGUGUGGGAAAAGUUGGGAGAAGCUUGUAGAGCUUGCAGAUGAUUUGGCAAACGCCUCAGACCCAACUCUGACAUUCCCUCCUAAACUGGUGCUGCUGGAUUUUGGAGACCUGGAGAGCUUGCCCGAGGCCAUUGAGGAGAUCCUGGAAUGUUACGGCUGCCUGGACAUCCUCAUCCUCAACAGCAGCAUGAAGGUGAAAGCCCCCGCUCAGACUGUGUCUCUGCAGAUGGAUAAACUGCUGAUGGACAACAACUACUUUGGACCAGCAACGCUCGCCAAAGGUGUACUGCCAUCGAUGAUCUCCAGGAGGACCGGUCACCUGCUGCUAGUCAACAGCAUCCAGGGGAAAAUAGCUGUACCAUUUCGGACUGCAUAUGCAGCCUCCAAACAUGCAGUUCAGGCAUUCUUUGACUGUCUGAGAGCUGAGGUGGAGGAGUAUGGCAUCUCUGUGAGCACAAUCAACCACACCUUCAUCAGCAGCUCAGCCACUGAAUGUCCCUCCUCCAAAUCCAUCUGGUCCCUGCUGUACACAAAGAAACCUCUUGGGGUUUCUCCAGAUGAGGCAGCAGCUGAGAUCAUGAAAACUUUGAGUAACAAAAGGAAAGAGGUGCUGAUCGCUCCCUCGCUCCCAAAGAUGGCUCUCUACACCAGGUCCUUCUUCCCAAACGUCUUCUUUGCUGUGAUGGCUGCAGGUGUAAACCAUGCAGCUGCCUCUGAGAACAUGUGAGGCUGCAGCUGUACACUGUGAUGAGAAUAUGAAGGUGAAACUGAAGUGGAAAUGUUGCUGUGAGGCUGAGAUAAAUAAAAAAAAGUGAUAUAAUUUUUCCCCUCUGUUUUUUUUGCUUUCCUUGACCUCAAAA